CUCACAGAGCCGGGCUCGAGCCAGCCCCGCGCUGCCGCCAAAGCCCUCACACCCAGCAUGCCCCUGCCCCCCUUGGCGGCCGAAAUGGCAGCGGGGCGAGCGCUCGAGAUCGAGGAGGAGUCUGUAAGACCGCCGCCGAAGCCGAAGUCGCAGCUGCUGGCGUCGUUGUCGACGUCCACGCCGCUGCAGAUGGCCAUGGACCCCUUCGAGGAUGGCAACGUGGUGGUUCAGAACGCCUUCUGCUUCUGUUUCGAGGGCUGCAUCCCGGAGAUGAACACCGGCGGCUGCGCGUGCCGGCAGGUGCUGCUUUGCUGCGAGAUGGACUGCUGCCUGAAGCAAAACACCAUGAUGCUGGACUGGGGCUUUUGGAACGUCAGGUUCCAAACCAAGAGCUUGGUGAAGUCACAGAUGCAGUGCUGCUGCUGUGUGUCCGGCUUUGCUUUGCCUCCGGACGAGCAGGUGCCCCUCAUGUGCGUGAUGUGCUGGGUGGACCUCUUCCCCAAGUUCGGGGCCGUCAUGCGCAUCUCGGACCUGCGGCAGAAGGAGAAGCCGCUCGAGCCGGAGGAGCUAAACGAAGUGGAGCCAAUCGAGCUGCCAACGGUGAUGGAGCCGCCGACGCCGAAGGUGAUGGAGGUGGAGCCGCUGGAGAAAGAGACGCGCAUGUGAGCGGGAAUCCCUUCAAAAAGGGUGCCCGCCAAGAAGCCAAUUUAAUGCCACUGAUGAAUGAAAGUGUGAAGGCAGCGGACCCGGCGGUGACGGUCCUUCACCUGCCCUGCGGACGUUUCAAUAAAGAUCAAUAAAGGCACAUUUGUUGUUGCAGAUGCAAGGUCGCGUGGUCGCUUGGGAGUAAACAAAC